AUGUUCGGAGUAGGAAAAGCCCACGCGAAGUAUUAUUACGGUUGUAAUUCCACGCCCCCGUCUCGUGCCGGGGUGAAAUUGCGUGCAAUCGGGAGAAACAAUCACGAGAUAAUUGCAGAAGACAAGGCGGCCAAGAAGAAGAAGAAGAAGCAGCUGAAACUGCUCAAGGGGCUGUCCAGAGAUUUGUCCGCUCUCUCUCAGAUGGGCUUCUUCGGGUUGGAUUCAGAUGGCGCUUGGCUUGAUCAAGUCGAAGGAAAUAUAAUCUCGGAAGCAUCACAACUUUUACAACAGCAGUUCGAGAAGCUAAGAGCAGAGCGGAAAGAGGUGAAGAGGAAGAUGAAAGAAGAAAAGGCAAGAUUGAAAGGGGUCCUCGUCACGUAUUCUUCUUCUUCUUCUUCCUCAUCUGAAUCUGAGUGCGGCAGUGACUGUGGAGAAAUCGUACAACAGUCGGUACAAGACCCGAUUCCUGUUUUGCAGGCCAUGGCCACAUCGUCGUCAGAAUCGAAAACCUUGGAACAAAAUGGUGAAGGCCAAAAACACGUGAUUAAGGUGUGUAUGGGCGGAAAAUGUAAGAAAUCGGGUGCGGGGGAUUUGUUGGAGGAGUUUGAGAGAGUUGUUGGGGUGCAAGGUGAGGUCUCCGGGUGCAAGUGUAUGGGAAAGUGUCGGGAUGGGCCUAACGUGAAGGUUGUUUCGAGUGGGAUUUUUGGGGAUAAGUUGGCUAAGGAGGAUUCAUUGUGCAAAGGUGUUGGUUUAGACGAUGUUAAUGUCAUUGUUGGGAAAUUGCUCCGUGAAAAUUGUGGUGAUCAACGUGAACUUGGUGCUGUUGUCGGUGCGUGUUAA